AUGCAUACUACUCGUGUUUAUGAUCAGUUGAAUGGAAACUAUAGUCUUUCAAAUAAACCAUUAACUUAUCUAUCCAUGAAUAAAGAUGUUAACGGGAAUAAUAUUUAUAACAAUAACAAUAUGUAUAUAUCUAAUAAUAAUAAUAAUGAAGUACCCAAAACCUCUGACCAUGAUCUUUUAAUCAAUUAUGAAACAGUUCUAUCAAGUAUGCAGAAAACACAAUUGAAUUGUCUUGAACAAGACAACAAUUAUAACAAUAAUAAUAUGACAAAUGACAGUCAAUUAGGUGAUAUCGUGUGUACAAAAUCCUCACCGACAGUAAAUGCAACAACCCCUAUAUCCUCUCCAAUGAAUUCAACACCUAUGCUAAAUACAACAACAACAACAAAAAUACCGGGAAUGUUAAAUGACGACGUUUCAUUAUUAUCAUCAUCAACAGUAUCAAAACUCCAUUCAAAUUCACGUCCAAUUAUGGGUUUAAAUCGAUCUGUUCAAAUGAAAUCCAUUGGGAAUAAUAAUAAUAACCAUGGUAACUUAUUAUAUCCCAUUACUUCUAUGAAUCAGAUGCCUACAACUACUACAACUGCGUCUAUUCAACAGUUACAGCAUAAUCAACAAAACAAUAAUUUAUUAAAUCAGAUAACAUUGAAUGAAACAAUAAAUAAGGAUUACAAUACUACUAAUUUACUUCCUAAGACCAAUUCUUCAGAUCAGAUUAAUCCUGACGCAGGAAUCGGUGGCAGCAUAACGAUGACAACACAAUCCACGUCAACAGCAACAACAACCGGUGUAACAGAGACAAUCAAUACAUCAGGACAAAUCAAUUCUAAUGUUUAUGAUCUACCUGAACCAGAAUGGAUAACACAAACAUUGAAACAAUAUUAUGAAUAUAAUAUCCUUCAUAGUAAUAAACAGAAUAUUCCCUCAGGUUUUACAAUUGGAUCUUGUUCAUCAGCGACAACCACAACGACGAGUGGUGGAGGUGCAGGUGCAGGUGGUGUACCCUUAGACUUUGAACAAUCUUUAUUUGAUCAUAUCAGUGCAGAAGAAAUGAUUCUAUUAGAAUCGAAUGAUCAUGAAACUGCUGAUGAUGAAAUGGCAAAAAAUUAUCUACCUAGUCAAUUUUCACCUAACGCUUUAUUAAUUCUCUUGGCCAGUUUGGCUAAUUCAUCACCAUAUCCACGUUUAUCUGAAGCAUUUCAAUGUGCUCAAUUGAUAUGGCGUCGUUUAUUAACAAAACUGGCACGUUAUCGAGCGGAUUGUUUAGUUCUGCAAGCUAAUUUAGCUGAGAUUAAAUCCAAUGCUGAUCAUAUGCAAUGUCAAUUGAAUCAAAUUGAAGCGAAUUGGUCAGUUAUUGUACGAGCUGUACAAAUGUCUGAAGCAGCCUUAGAAAUUAGUGAUUGUUUAAAUCAGUUGUAUUCAACUGAAUUAGCUGUAACAAUCUGUCGUCAAACACAAAAGCAUCUACUUCCAAAACAUCCAUUUUCAACAAUUUCAUCUUCUACAUCAUCUUCAUCAUUUCAUGGUUAUAGUAAAUCAUCACCAUCAAAUAAUAAAUUACAGCAACAACAACAACAACAGCAAACUCAAUCUCAGCAGCACCAGCAACAACAACAGCAACAGUCAUUGAAAAAGUUCCCAUCCCAACAAUGUCAACCGCCAUCGAUGCUACAUCAACCAUAUGCUGUGAUUUCUUUAACAAAUUCUACAGGUUCAGAAGAACAUGAUUUAUCAAAUCAUGGACAACAAAUUUUACCAAAUAAUUUUAAUUUAAAUACAUUGAAAUUAUUUAGACAACAAGCUGAAUUCUUAGCCUAUACAGUAUUGGAUAAAUAUGAAACAUCCGACGGUGGUUAUGAGAAGAUUCUGCCAACGACGUGUAUGCCAAACAUGAUGAUGAUGAAUGCACCAACAAUGGCGACAACACCUUCAGUGGCAGGAGCAACUGCUGCUGGUGGUGGUGGUGGUGGCCUGUCUCACCCACGUGGAACUAUCGCUAAUCAUCAAUCCCAACAACAACAACAGCAUCCAUCUCAGUCUCCUGUUAGUCCAGGUGUCUUCUCCAUUCAAUCAGCUAUUACAUCAUCGAAUAGUUUAUUAGAUAAUAACAGUGUCUAUGCUAAUUCCUGGUAUGUUAGCCUGAAUCGUUCACGAGCUAAUGGUGAUCAUCAAUUCCGACAACAGCAACAGCAACAACAACAACAACAACAGACUAAUGUGAAUGGUUCAUUCCCAUCAAUGAAUCAUCAAUUGCAACAACACGCUAUUCGAAUGAACAGCGCGAGCAAUAAUCCACAAAUGCGUACAUUUUUGAAAUCCUCAUAUUCUCCUCAUAUAAGUGCAAAUCAAACUAUGAGUAGUACAGGUGGAAAUACUGGUAAUGGGGGUGGUGGCGGAGGCUGGGAGACUCCAGAUUCAGGUGCUGGUAGCAGCAGUAUGAAUGAAGUCUCCUCACAACAACAACAACAACAACAACUCCUGCUUAGCCAACAAUCUCAACACCAUCAUCAACAGCCAUUUUUAAAUCCACCAUUUCUACUCUCCUCCUCUUCAUCUUCUUUAUUAUUUGGACAUUUUUAUCAAACUUAUGGCGUAAACAAUAAUAAUAGUAAUAAUAAUAACAGUAAUAGUAGUAAUAGUAAUAGUAAUAAUAAGUUGAAUAGUCAAUCCGAUCUAUUCCUGUUCAAUUCAUUAUUGGACAAUUUACCGCCAUUAUGGACAUUUUUAACGAAAUCCUCAGCAUCAUUCUAUGAAUCAGAUUUAGAUUCUUCAGAUUCAUCAGAUGCACUGGGGAACACGACACAUACUACUCAUCAUCAUCAUAAUAUAAGUAGUAGUCAACCUUCACAUUGUCUUCAACAACAACCACAACAACAACAGCACAAUCAAACGUCAAAUACUAAUACUAAUCCUCCAAAUCUGAGUACUACUCCUAAUAACAACAACAACACUAAUAGUUAUAUUCACUUAUCUAACUGGUCUAGAAUAGAAGAACGUAAAUUACGCACAAUUUAUUGUCAAUUAAUCAAUACUUAUAAACGUUUAAAAUCAAUGUUAAUUGAUUUGCCUAACUUAGAUAUGAGUAUGAAUCAUCAUGAAGGUGUACUGGAGACAUCAUCGUCGUUUAUCAGCAUUACUAUCACCAAUGACAAUACACAACAGCAACAACAACAACAAACUGACUCAGAUCGAAUGAGUCGUUUAAAUCAAUGGAAUUCCGCAUCAAUGAAUUCACUGCGUAAAUUACCAUUGGCAGUAUUCCUGGAGAAUUCAGUUCUACUGCAGGAAUUAUGUUGUGUUAAAGAAGAAUGUGCAGAUCUUAAAGUUCGUGUAUAUCUUCUUGAAAAAGAACUUUGUGCUAAUCGUUUAACGCUAGAAAGUCGUGCUGCAGCUGAACGUGCACUACGUGCUCAUCUUGAUGCAUUGAUCACUGAACAGCAUAAUCGAUAUUCGCAGACGUCAUUAACAAAUGAUAAACAAAAAGAAAAUUCGACAACAGCCACAACAACAGCAGUGGGAAUUAAUCAACACGAAAUAGUCUUAUUACGUGGUCAAGUCAAGAAUUUGUUACAAGCUCUUGAAGCUCUUCGUAGUAGUACAGAAAUACAACAAGUUCAAAGUGAAGAAUUAAUUGAUGAUUUAAAACGUGCUAAUAGUGCAUUGAUAACAGCCUUUGAAAAAGCUAAACGUAAAUAUACAACACGUAUUAAAAAACUUGAAGAUCAUUUAACUUCUUCUAUUCAACAGAAUAAUAAUAAUAAUAACGAUAUAAGUAAUAAUAAUAAUUCUUCUUCAAACGGUUUUAUUAACAGUCCACAACAUGUUGUAUCUAGUCUACCGAUGGCAACAACAAUGGUUAGAACAACACCUCAUACGGGAUCCACAAAUGCUGCUCCUGCCGCCACUAGCUCCAGCAACAUCAUCAUUUCAUCGACUGCUAUGGGUGUUUUUGAUGUAAAUAACACGUCUAAAGCAUAUACACCAACAGACUGUCAUAAUCAGUUUAUGAAUAUUCAUGAUACAAAUAACAUGAUGAUGGUAAAUGCCAAUUCACAAGCCUAUCCAAUGUAUCAUCCUAUGAAAGGUAGUUUCACACAAGUCCCAACUUCAGAUAUUGUUGAUUCAAGCCGAGAUUUAUCCUCUAACCAACCAACAACACGAAUAUUACCAGCACAACUAGAUCAACAAUUGUAUCAGAUGAAAUCAAAUGCCUCAAUGUCUAGAGGAAACAAUCAACCUAUGCAGCAUAGUCAACAGUGUCUUAUCUCACCUCCGCCCCCACCUCCUCCCCAUCAUCAUCAACAUUAGCCUACAUCUAUUCGUUCAACUGGUGAUGCUUCUGUCUCUUCUACUACUAUUUCAACGACGACUACUCCACAUUCUAUCUAUCCCAAUACAGUUUAUCAAUCCUAAAAAGACCGCCUUCACAUCCAUAAUGAAUUAACCAAUCAGAAAUGACAAUAGAAGAUUAAAACAAAACGAAGCGGAUAAUUUGAAAAAAAUAGGCAUCGAAUUAAAAUUUCAUUCAAAUUGUUUUUUGCCAACCAAAGUUGUUUUAUAUUAUUUACAAUUGUACAGUUUUUUAUAUUUAUUUAUUUAUUAGAAGUGUUAUAAAGAUUUCUUCUUCGCGAUCCUUUCUACGCCUUGUUCUUUAAAUGUGUGAAUAUUUUCUAAGCUGUCAGACAGAUAGAGAUUGAGACUGUUAUUAUAUUAUCAUUAAUAUUAUUAUUAGUACUCAUGUAUAAACGGCAUUUAGGUGUUCUCACUUGUUUGUUUUUAAUUGUGCGUUUAUGGAGUUGUUUUAUGACAUUAAAAAAAUAAUUGAACAUUACUGUCUGUUAGCUAGCCAUAUGUGUCUUAAAGUACCAUUCACAUUUAUUUAUUCAUUUAUAAGAUUAUUAUAUAUAUAUAUUAGAAAGAGGGGAAUAUUAUGAAAAAGAUUUUCACUUGACCCUUCUCUCCCCCCCCCUUAUCUCACACACACACCUAAUUUGUGUGUUUUAUGGUAGAUAUCUCAAUUCUACAUAUUUACACUUUUACUAUUCUUAUUCUUAUUAUUAUUAUCAUUAUUAUCAACAUUCGUAUUACGUAAUUCUUUAAAUGAAAUGUGAUGGCAACUGCUGAUAGUGAAACACCUUUUUUCUCUUCCUUGGCCGCCUAAUGAUAUUUAUCUUUUAUUUUUCAUUUUUAUUUGACUUAUAAACAUUCUAUUUGUGUAUACUUACUCUUGAAAUUGUAUUUAUUUAUGGUUUAUGGUAUAUACUACUGAUUUCAAGGAUGAACAGUAGUAGUAGUAGUAGCAUCGGUAAUAGUGGUAAUCGUG